UCUUCCUCAUUCACAACCAAUCUCAACUACCGUUCAUUCAAGUCUGCAAUUAUUUCUGUCUGCUUACACUCUCACAAUGGUCUACGAUGUCAACUUGAUUGCUACUCUAUUACUAGGAUGGACUGCAAUGUGUUACGGCAAAAUGAUGGAUAAUGCCGACGAACCCAAAUCUGUUAUCAAGGAAUAUAAAGCAGGCAAUCUGAAUGAGAAGCUGACCAUCGAUCACGUGACCUACGACAACCCACGUGGUGCGACAAAGAAGGCGAAGCUGGCCGACAGGGAGGAGGGGAGAAGUGUGACCUUGAACUUGAACCGUGACGAUGAUGACGAUGAUGAUGAUGAAGAUGAUUCACCCCCCACCACGAUGUUGACUGAGCCUUCAUCUCUGAAACCAAUCGGCAUGAGACGACCAGUUUCAACCUCACCAGAACCCACAAUCCCCGAGGACCUCCUCAGGGAGGUUAGCCUCAUGAAGAUCCCUCAGUACGACCUGCCGAAAACAAUCACCUCGAUCCGAACUCAACCGUUGAAAAGUUUCAAAGAUGAUUUCCCCAGCUACGAGAACGACGACAUCAUGAAACCUGAGUACAGUAAAUACUUCAACGACGAUUACCAAGUGCCUGUGGAGUACCAGAAAUUCAAUUUCAAAUCACAACUACCAAAGGAUGACACCGAGAAACAUGUGAAGAUCGAAAUCGGGAAAACGAAAGUGAAAACAAUUGUUGAUGAACCUAUAAUCAUCACAAAAACUAAACUUAUAGAUUACAAUACCUUGGAGGGAAGCACAACCCCAGACACAUAUACCUCCUACUAUCACGAUCAUUACAGGAAUGUACAUAAAGAUAAAGUGAGGGCUGGUUGUUAUAACUGUUAUGGUGGUGGACCUAUGUAUAACCCCCCGAUGUAUAAACCUCGUUUACCUUAUCCUCCACCACCUCGACCUCUCCAUUACCCCUUGGGGAGCCCCUAUAUACCCAGGUAUGCCCCCAGGUAUGCAAGGUCCAGGUAUGUGAGACCAGUCUACCGACCUACCGUGAUGAGGUACCCACCUCCAAGGCAUCUCCACUAUCGACCACCCUACAGGAGACCUAGACCUGUCUAUCUACCUCGACCUCCUAGAAUACAUCCUCCUUACUGGUACCCCCCACCGCCUCCUCAUCAUCCUCCACCUCCACCUCCUCCUCCUCCUAGAGUCCCUCCCCCUAAACCCUCCUGUCCCCCGAGUAAAGUUGUGAAAGAAGUUCAUGUGCACCAUUUUCCGACGCCUUCGAAAAUCGAGAAAAUUCCGGUACCAGUUGCGAUACUGGAGGCUAACCAUGAUGAAAAUUAUGAGCAUGAUUCUAUCAUAGAACCGGGGCCCUAUGAUGAGGAGGGAUUAGAUAGUGAUGAACAUGCCGAGCUACAGGAGAUAAACGCGCACUUGGAUGAAGCAUUGAGAAACAACAAAAAGGAGCUUGAUAAAAAUUUGGAAAACGGACAAAGAUAUAUAAUAGAACAGGAGGACAAGGAUAGAGGUGGGACCGGAAGUGGUAGCAACGAAAACGAAUACAAAAAACCAAACUACAACAAAGUCAUCGAUCAAGCUCUAGUGAAAAACCGGAAAGAGUUAGAAAAAAACCUGAAAGACGGACCCGAUAUCGUGAAAACUGCAUAUCUACCAGAUGAUGGCAUCUACAAUCUACAUAAGUUCGCAGAUAAAAAUCAUUUAUACAAUUUUCCUGUCAAAACUAAAAGUAAAGGCCAAAAGACGUCCUCCUCGUCAAACGCUAAUGACUACAAGUUGCAUGUGGAGAGUUUGAAAGAUUUCGAGCCGAGGAAGAUUCUACAUGAUGGCACGCCGAUACGGUACAUACUGACUAAUAAGAUGAGCUAUAAUCAUACAAAACCGCAGGAAGCUUGAGAAUCGGUGAAUUUUGUAAAGUGAAUAACUGAACAGAGAGUGAGUUGUUAAGAAAAAUGGCGUUACAAAUCAAACAGUCUUCAACCGUAGACGAAUAAUAAAUAAUAUUGGCAUGUAUGCAGUGAGUAUAGAAUCUCUUCUUCUGUCUUCAUCCUACUUGAACUGUUGAUAUAAAUUUUAAUGAGAUGAAAUAUUAUCCUACACUUUUACAACAGUACUCACGAUUUUGUUGCUUGUCGGACGCGUUUCGUGGCACUGAGUCACAUUCUCAGCGUACAAGGAGUAGCUAGAUACUCUGAGUAUCUACCUUCUCCUUGUACGUUGAAGAUUUUGCUCAGUAUCACAAAACGCGUCCGACAAGCAGCAAAAUCGUGAGUACUGUUGAAAAAGUGCAAGAUAAUAACACAAUUUAUUAUAAACAGUGGAGAAUGUUACAUGCUAUUAUAAGUAUGUUGAUUCUACCUCUUCUCUAUGAUUCAACUCCAACAAGUGUCAUGAUUAUGUUUGGAACUUAGAUUGUUUCGAGCUCAAAAUUCAGGUCUGUGUUACAAAUGAAGUUUAAAACAAAACAUCAGGUCUGAGAUUAAUUUUUUUGGAAUUGAUUUGAAAAAUUGUUUCCUUUUACUUACAUUAGAUCUGAAACCUAUUUUUGUGUAGGAUACAAAAUCAGUCACCAUAAAGUAUAUUGAACAAAUAUACAAAGUAAUUUUGUUUCAUUUGAAUAGGCCUAUAAGUUUUCUCUCAUAUUUUAAAUGGGAUUGAAUACAGGAAAAAGAAUUAUGAUUUAAUGAGAUCAAUGUUACAAUCGGAGCUUAGAAUACAACAUAAGAUCUGAAACCUAUUU